GCAGCAGAGAAACGUCAAGGGGGGGGGGAUAAACAGAAAACUUCUUUUUCGAAGUCUUUCGGCAGUGUUUUGUGUGAAAAUUGUUUGAAAACAACGCUAAAAGUUUAAAAACAGCAAUAAAUUGUUUAGAAUUGAAGUAUAAAGUACACCAUUUGCAGCCUGGAAUGAGUCUUCCGCCGGAGCUGGACCGGAUGUGCCGGCUGUGCUUGAAAAAUACCGAAUCACUGGAGGAAAUUUUCGAAAACAAUGACGACAGUUCCUUGGUGCUCCGGAUUAUGGCUUGCGUUUCGCUGGAGGUGCAUAAAAUGGAUAAUUUGCCGAAAAAGAUAUGCGCACCAUGUCGGUACCAGUUGGAGAAGACAUACAUUUUUCGGAGCAAAUGUAGAGAAAACGAUUCCCGGUUGAGGCGUCACGUAAAACUGCUGCUGGCCGGGAAGAAUAGCACCGUGCUGGAGGACUUGGAUGACGAUGAUGAUGAAUUUGGGCCUAGCUUACAGUACAUUGGUGUCAUUGAUGAGGAAAAGAAACGACAGCGGAAGAUGGAGUUAGAUGUAGAAAUUAUAGCUCACCACGAGAAGCUGAAACUCGAGUUGGAAGCAGAAAGGAAGUCAUUUCGGGAUGAAGCUGUUCAACAGUACAUUCAGGACAGGCGUCGUAAUAUGGUGGAUACUGCAGUGGAAUCCUGUAACUUAGAACCGGAAAUUAUAUCCAUUGUUCCUGAUGAUGGCACAGCUCAGUUGCAGGAAGACUUGACGGAACAGCCAGAAAACGAUUGUGCUGAAAAUCCGAGCGAAUUAGCGGAUAUUGAAUAUGAAACGGUUGAAGACGAGCAACCCGAUGAGAAUGUGGCAGAUAGUACAUUCGAUGUAAAGCCUAAUAUUCAAGAAAAGAUGAACAGAAAAGCAACUAAACAGGAGGAACAAAUGAUUGAAUAUAUGGAUCAAGACGUAUCAAUGGAGGAAGAUGUAAUUGAUGACAGUGCAAGUGCCAUUACGAUUCUGCACGAGGAUAAGCAGUCAAAACAUGCAUCUGAGGCAUCAACUGUUAUUCAUCCCAGCUCCUCUGAUACGGCUGGUUUUGUUAUAACUGAAAUGGAUUCCGAAUGUGACAUGAUGGAUGACGAGUUGGACCAAGAGGAGCGCAAACUGUACAGCAUUACAGACGAUUCCGACGAAGACAUUGAAGCGGUCACAAACGCCGUCAAGGCGGAAUUGGCCGAACAGCCGGGAUUCAACGUCGGCGAAAAUUGCAUCAUGAAGGUGGAAAAAGAUCGUGAUCUCACCAAGGUGGAAGUCCGCGCCGAAGAUGGAUCAAUCAUCUGUAUGGAGUUCAGCACUGAGCCCAUGAAAAAGCCAACGGAAUCGUUGACCACGUUGCGGUCUAAAGUGGCCGGGAUGUUCAAAUGUCCGCAUUGCAACAUGCUAUCCAAAUCUCCGAAGCUGCUUCAAGACCAUGUUUAUGCGGAGCACCCGGAGUACAACAAGGGACUCGUUUGCGACGUCUGUGCCAAGUGGUGCCCGAGCAAGUGUAUGCUGGAGCGGCACUAUAGGACCCACACCG